AUGUUGAAGAUCUUAGCUUUUCUCUUCUCACUCCUGGGCGUCUUCUUCUACCCAACAUCUGCAGACACAACCUAUAAUGUGGUCGAUCUUGGGGCCAGACCAGACGGCCAUACUGACUCAACCCAUGCAUUCCUCAGCGCAUGGGCGAAGGCCUGUGGCUCGGACAGCCCAGCAACAAUCUAUGUGCCGCCCGGAAGCUUUUUACUGGGCCGUGCAUUCUUCAGUGGCCCAUGCAAGAGCAAUAAGGUCACGUUGCAAAUUGAUGGCAGUUUAGUGGCCCCGUCGGACUACAGAGUCCUUGCUGGUUCUCCGUUUUGGCUUUUCUUUGAUGAGGUUGAUGGAUUUACAAUCAAUGGAGGGACAAUUGAUGGCCAAGGGUCUUCUUUGUGGAAAUGUAAAGCUGAUGGGAAGAAAUGCCCGGACGGAGCCAGGUCCUUGACCAUCAAGAAGUCGAGGAACAUUGUGAUCAACAGAUUGUUGUUGACAAACGGCCAGUUGUUCCACCUUGUGAUCGAUGGCUGCGAGAAUGUGCACUUGGAAGGGGUGAAUGUCAAAACCCCAGGCGACAGCCCGAAUACUGACGGCAUUCAUGUACAAUCAUCUUCAGACGUCACAAUCCUGGGUUCCAAUAUUCAGACUGGUGAUGACUGUAUCUCCAUUGGCUAUGGAGCUACUAGCUUGUGGAUGGAGAACAAUUCAUGUGGACCUGGACAUGGCAUUAGCAUCGGAAGUCUUGGAAGGGUACCUAAUGAACCAGGAGUUCAAAAUGUGACGGUUACUUCUUCUACCUUUACGGGUACUGAAAAUGGGUUGAGGAUCAAGACAUUUGCAACACCACAUGAUGGAUUCGUAAAUGAGGUCCAUUUCGAACAUGCCACCAUGAACAAUGUCAAAAACCCCAUCAUAAUUGACCAGAAUUAUUGUGAUGGAGGGUGCCAUGGUGGGGCUUCAGGUGUAAAAAUAAGCAAUGUGACGUACAAAGACAUCCAUGGAACCUCAGCAACACAAGUUGCUAUGUCAUUUCACUGUAGUCCAAAGAAUCCGUGCAAAGGGAUCAUAUUAGAAGAUAUACAUCUUUCUUGUGAGGGCCAUGCCGCGGAAUCCUCUUGUAGCAAUGCAGAGGGAAUAGUUUAUGGUUCCAUUGAACCAGAAAGCUGCUUACAUGCAUAA